AUUACACAGCAGUAGUAAAAAAAAAAUAGUAUGAACCACAGUGUUGAAAGCUACCAAGAGAUAAGUCAUCAGUCUGUCACAAUCUCAGCAAAACUGAAUAUUACUUCAUGUAAAACUACUUAAAAGUAUAUGUAAAACAUGCAAUAUUUGUUUUUAUGUAACAUUUUCAAACAAAACUGUAAGCCUUUUGCCUGACGUGAUUUACCAUAAUGACAAAAAGUGAUUAUCAGCUUGUCAGUGUUCAUUAUAUUUCAUUUUAUGGCCUUUUUAUUAUAUACCCAGUACUGGUGGUAAUGCUGAUAUCAUUGUGUAUUCCUACCAGUAACCAUUGACAAUGCACCUUAAAUAUCAAUUAGGGAACAUAUAAAGUGACUUAAUUAUUGGAUUAAGUCUUAUCUCAAUGAUUUCCCAAAAUACAUUAAACACCUAAACUCUAAAUUAAGAAAUGUAUUCUGAACUCAACCAUAUCUACAAGUCAAAUCUAAUUAAUGUAAAUGAAACUUGUCAAAACUGGUGUCGUAUAUUUGAGAAUCCUCUUUAAAGGGUGAAAAUAAUUAAUAAUUCUCACCCAUGACACCAAUACCACAGUGUGAAAAAUACCAUUGAUUGCUGUUCAUAGUGAUAUUUCAUAGUGAAACAGUGUGACACUGACCUCUUGUGGAUAAAAAUGUGAGAAGCACACAGAAAGUACAGGAAGGUUCAGGGGUGUGGAGUUUUCAUGUCUGGUUGAGUCAGCAUUAAAAUGAUUUAAUUAAUUGGUAUAAUCUUUUCAGUGUUUUAACUGAAAUGUGAUUAUAAAUUAGGCCUUAUCUCAGAAAAAGUGAUGGACUUAUGGAUAUUUCUUGCCAGACUCCUGUACAGUGGGGUCAAAGGGUAAAGAUGACCUUGAAGGAGUCCAGACAAAGGUUUAUAGUUGCUCCAGAAAACAGGACAAGUCUGACCAGUAGAUGAGGGGCUCAAAUUUGGGAAUUUUGUCUGUCUGUAUUUCUAUUGGCUGCCUUGCCUCUUCCCCUGAAACUUGCCAGUAUGCUUUGAUUUUUAUUGUCAGUUUCCCACAGGAGUCGAGCUCCUGUGAAGUCAGGAACGGUCUGGAUUUGCCAGACAUUUCUAGAAGCCACAGCACAGGUGCUAUAUCUGGCGCUGCAUCCCCCCAACAGGCCGCUCACAUAUCAAACCAGAGCAGAGGAAGCAGCUGAGCAGCCUGAGUCACGCUCAUUCACACCACUUACAAUGACAGAAACAGAGAGAGCUGUUCUGGAGACCAAGGCCAAACCUCUGGCCUUCAGCUCCCAGAAAGAGAUGUUCGAGAAGAUGGAGGAAUCUUUUAAAAUCUGUGCUUACUGUGAGAAGCGGCCAAACCAGCUUUCAAACCCACAAAACCUUAAGCGUUGUGCCAGAUGUCUGAAUGUUUACUACUGCUGUAAGGACUGUCAGAAGAAUGACUGGCCCAAACACAAGAAGUUCUGCUCAAAGCUGCGUCAAGCUGCCAUUGACAGAGUUGUGGAGUGGCUGGUGUUCAAAGGUGACCUCCCGUUCCCCACAGAGAAAUGGUCAAAGCCCCAGUCGGAGGUGAAGGGUUGGGACGACUGGCUGGCCAUGCAGGGGGAUCUCACGGCUCGCCUCCAUCCCAUCUUAAACGGAGCAAACAUGAAGGACCUGUGGACCAACGCUGGCAGACCUCGGCCGGACGACGACGACCUGAAGCAGUCGCUGUGGAGGGUUUGCAGCGAGUUCUUCUCCAGGCCGCUGACCAUAGCCUGGGGCAUGAGGCUGUUUGGUCUGAACCCUUAUUCCAAACCUCUCACCGUCCACCUGGUGGGAGUAGGACACAGUGAGACGCUGGGAGCCAAGCUGACGGAUUACAACGAGCUGAACAACAUGUUCCCUGGACACCAGGGUAUAGAGAUAGUGAUGGUGGGGCCGGAGGUGGUGAAGGGGCCCAUAGUGAGGCCUCCUCUGAGAGCAUUCGGCCCCAAGCAGAACGUUUACAUCAGCGCCUACAAGGGUCUUUAUCACCAGUUCUGGGAGGAGCUGGUGGAGAAAGACGAAGCAGCGAGGCCAGACCUGGUGGUCGGAUUUCAUCCUGGGUUCGAUGCCAGUCAAGGCCUAGAUGAGGGUUGGCUUCCAACUCUUCUGCUCCUCAGGGAUUAUGAUAUUCCUUCUCUUUUCACUGCUCUCAAUGAGACAGAGAUGACUUACUCACUGCAGAUCCUGCUGGAGUUGGAGAUGGACAUGAAGGGAAGUGGAGAAAACCCAUUUGCAUCACUGAAGCCUGAAGUGGUGGGUUCAGGCCCCAACCAGCCUCCCGUCUACUGCAACUCCCACUACUUCUCCUUCCAGGGUCUGCUGGAGACUGUAGAGUUUGAGGAACCAGAGGAGGCCUGAAGGACAACACACUGUUGAGUUUCAUGAUUUUAUUUUUUUUUUUAACUAUGAAGUUUGGUUUUUCUAUGUAUGAUGCAAUGAUGUAAAAAUGUCUUAAAAUUGUUUCAUAGUGUUACCUGGUGGCUAGGUUUGCAUUCACUAUCUCAUUUUAAUGGCUCGCACUUCUCAGGACUGAGAGAUUUGAAUAUAUUGUCUCUGAGCUAUUGUUCUGUUGCCAGAGAAGCAAUAAAACUUUACAGUGACAGGCAAA